AUGAAGGUUACAGUUCUCGUGCUGGUGUCGUCUCUUCACAUCUUUGCCUUCAAUCUCAGUCGGAAUCAUAGCCGAAGAGUUGUGGCUGAGAAACAGUCAGGACAUCCUCAAAAGAAAACUUUACAUUCUUCCAAGCUGCCGUUGGCUACAUGGAAUGACGAGGAAGGAUUAUUUAGCAAGGACGCCGAUAACGAAAACGUUGACGAAAAAAUGAUUAAAAAGAGCAGGACUAAAUUAGAAGCGGGACCCCGAAAUCAAAACUACUAUGCACAUGGCAAUGUUGAUAUGGACGAUGAGGCUUCAAGAAAUGUACUGCAGUCUCUGAUAAGCUCAGUUCUAGGAGUGCGUGGGGAAGCAGUGCCGAAAUAUCCACCUACGGCCAUAAUUGUCGUGUAUGGAAAAUCUCAAGAAUCUCAACUAAUUUCACCUAAGAAAGGAAAAAACGGGAACGGAAAAUGGCAUCGUUCUCGAGGUCCGUUUGGAAAAACAGAAAAAAAUGGCAAUAUCAUUUAG